ACUAGAACUCGAGUGAGGGAGGGUUCAUUUCUCGGAUAGGAAGUGGAAGUGAGAGUGACGAGGAGAGCCACCAAGCAGAACUGCUUCAGGUUGCCAACUAUUAGCUCACUUUCAUAGUGAAAGAAGAAAAUUGGUGGAUUGGCACUAAACAUUGUUUCUGUUGGAAAGACAAAUACCCACUGAUCUGUCUUUAUUCGCUUCUGAGACCAAUUACUUAGAUGGAAGAAGAGAGCCAAAUAACAAAGGGAAAAUAUGCUGCUGAUAUUUCUUCCAUAAAAGAAGCACAUGCCAGAAUAAAAUCAUUGGUUCAUAAAACUCCGCUUCUGUCCUCCAGCUCUCUGAAUGCUAUGUCAGGAAGGAAGCUCUACUUUAAAUGUGAAUGUUUACAAAAGGGUGGAGCUUUUAAAUUUAGGGGAGCCUGCAAUGCUGUGUUUUCUCUCAAUGAUGAAGAUGCUUCUAAAGGGGUUGUAACACACAGCAGUGGAAACCAUGCCGCAGCAUUGGCUUUGGCUGCAAAACUACGGGGGAUCCCUUCGUAUAUUGUUAUUCCAAAAAAUGCCCCAACUUGCAAAAUUGAAAAUGUAAAGCGGUAUGGUGGUCAGGUUGUCUGGUCUGAAGCCUCUGUUCAAUCAAGGGAAGAAAUUGCCAACAAAGUGUGGCAAGAAAGUGGUGCUAUCUUUAUACAUCCAUAUAAUGAUGGACGCAUAUUAAGUGGCCAGGGUACCAUAUCCUUGGAGAUUCUGGAACAAGCACCACAAAUAGAUACGCUAGUAGUACCCAUAAGUGGUGGUGGUUUGAUAUCAGGAAUAGCAUUGGCUGCCAAGUCCAUUAACCCAGCUAUUCGUAUUUUUGCUGCUGAACCUAAAGGUGCUGAUGAUGCAGCACAAUCUAAAGCAGCUGGGAGGAUAAUACGAUUGCCUGAGACCAACACUAUAGCUGACGGGCUUCGAGCAUUUCUUGGAGAUUUCACAUGGCCUGUUGUACGAGAUCUUGUUGAGGAAAUUAUAACUGUUGAAGACAGUGAAAUAAUAAAAGCCAUGAAACUGUGUUUUGAAAUUCUUAAGGUUGUUGUAGAACCAAGUGGAGCAAUUGGCCUUGCUGCUGUUCUAUCCGAUACUUUCCAGAAAAAUCCUGCAUGGAAGGAUUGCAACCAUAUAGGAAUAGUAGUUUCAGGAGGCAAUGUUGAUCUGGCCAUGCUUUGGGAUUCUUUGAACAAAGGAAAGUGACUUCUUUUUGUUUUGCUUAUGUGGACCUUCAUUGUUCUCUAUGUGAGUGUAAAUGAUCCAAUUUGUAUGGACAAGUCUAUUCCAUUCCUUUUAGUUAACUUGUUGGGUUGAAAUUCUUGUUUGUCAAGAAUUAUUUAAA